AUGGGGGUAAUUGUGACAGUUGGUAAAAAGUGCACAUGUGAACAUGAGAAGAGGAGAUGUAAAGUUGGUUUAUUUUGUUUUUUGGAAAUUGUAUUUACAGGAGAUAACAACCCAGUGUGUAUGAAAUUUGCCACUCAUAUGUUCGGCAAUGGAAUUGGAAGUUUACGUGUGUUAAAAAGAGUUCCAGGAGACGAGGCUCCGGACAGAGUAAUCUGGGAGAUCAGCGGCGAAUCUGGUAACAAGUGGUACAGAGCACAAGUAUCUGUUUCUUCAGCGACUUCAUAUCAAUUGGUUUUUGAAGGCGUCGUUGGAGCCAAUUCUCUGGGCAAUAUUGCAAUUGAUAGCGUUUCUUUUGUGCCUGGCACCUGCACAAUUACUCCUCAGACAGCUGCAAAGAACUCUGGUGACUGUACUUUUGAAGAAGAUUCAUGUGGGUGGACAAACGCUCUUCCUAUAGACGCUCUUGAUGAUUUCGAUUGGGCAAGGCAGUACAGUUACAGUGUAUCGGGACCAUCAACUGAUCAUACGAAAGGUACAAACGAAGGGUAUUAUAUGAAUCUUCUGAGCAAUCCACAGGCACCCCAGAGAGGUGGUACAAGGGCGUGGUUAAUAAGUCCUCUCUUUUCAGCGACUGGUCGAACAAGAUGUUUAUCCUUUUAUUAUUUCAUGUACGAAAGAUCUAUAGAUCCUGCAGGACCGAGCUUGGGCAGUUUACGAGUCCACGUGAAAUCCGCUGCAGGAGAGGCUGGAGGCAAGGUCACAACUUUGUGGAGGUUGCACAACCAUCAAGGCCAAAGAUGGCAAACAGCUAGAACGCCUGUUGUCAUGGGAUCAGACAGAGCUGCCCCUAGCAGUCCGUACCAGAUUAUUAUUGAAGGUAUUUGGGGCGAUGGAAGGGUUGGUGUUAUCGCUCUAGAUGAUAUCAGCUUUUUUGAUGGUGACUGUUCUUCUCAUCCUCUGAAAGCGACAGCAGUUAUUGGCGAAUGCUCUUUCGACCGAAGUAUGUGUGAUUGGAAGAACAACACGGAAUCCCCUCCUCCUCUACAGCAACUGGGAGACCAUCGAACUACGAAAUUCAGCAGACAAGACCAGCAUGUGCAAGAGGGGCUUACAUGGCGACUGGCGUCUGUCAUUAGCAGACCAGCGAAUCUUCAAGAUCAUACUUUCAGAGCUCCAACCGGAUACGUGUUCUUCGACAUCUUCAAUCAGGCAUCUCCUCAGAAUCCAAUUCUUCGGAGUCCUGAUUUCGCUUCCUCUCAGAAUGACGCUCAGUGUCUAAGUUUCUGGUUUGCUCCCUUCGGACGAGGAGAGGCUACAGCGCUCAGCGUCGUACGAGUUGAGUUAACACCUCCGGAGGGUGAAAAAGAACAGCGAUUACUCAUUUGGAAGAUGGCAACCAAAAAAUUCGACACAUCGAGACCUGAUUGGAUGUAUGGACAAGUUUCUGUAGCAACGCUUACUGCCUACAGAAUUGAAUUUGAAGGUGAAACCACUGAUGGAAACUUUGCUCUUGAUGACGUCACCUUUUACGAUGGGAACUGUCAAACUCGUCCUGAAGCAGCAGCAGUGGAGCCCCCUCCAUCUGAGAAAUUCUAAGUGGCUUAAGAAACUACUAAAAAUGAAGAAAAUGCUGCUUCUGAUUUACAGAAUAUUUCUAAUCUUAAGCAACCAAAAAAGAUAUCAAAAUUAGACUUACCAUGUUUCAUUGCGUUCCAUUAGAGUGGGAAACUGUGGCACAUUUUGACGAUACCGAUAUUAUUUUCUCUCGUAUUGAAGUACAAGCCGAGUCUUCAAGGAUGAAUGUGCCCUUACUUUCAUACAACGGUGGUAUCAGCCAGGUUUCUGUUCCCAUCUACGCCAUUUAUCUAGCAUUCGAAUAAAUAUUGCCAUAAAUAAAUGUCUGCUCAUUUAGCAAAUGUAUAUGUAAAACAAAUAUGACAAUUAAAAAAACUGAAAUGC